AUGAACGAGUCAAAUUCUAGUCACGAGGAGCGGGUUAUACAUGCUGCGCCUCAAAUUGGCCUAAGUGGACGACCUGGCUUAACACAAAAUUCGCAAGAUGAAUUCACUACUCAAGAUGCACUGGAUAUUUUUACAGACAAAUUAGAUAGGGCGCUUAGACGGCAAAAGCAAGAAAUCGUCAGCGAGUUGAGUUUAGCCCAGAAGUCAACAGAAAAAAAGGUACCUGACUUUAGAUAUCAAGGCAAUAAAAUUCAGUUUGAAUUUAAUGCAGAAAGAGAAACUGACAUUAGAAAAGUAUUAAACCUGUUGGAAAAUAACAGAUUAGAAACGGCUAAAGAAAUUUUGAAUUCUACUAUAACUCAUUUGAAUAAAAGGAACAAAAUUGUUCGCAUAGCGGAUAAAUAUGGUUGGGACGUUGUACAAGAGUAUGAAGAUGAUCCUAUUACUGACGACGCUGACGAUGCUACUAAGCUUCGACAAGCUAUUUUUCAGAGCAAAGAAAAGAAGCACCAACAAGAAGCCUUACGACAGAACAACACGUGCUUAUCCUGGAUGAAUGAAAUUGCAGAUGUGUACAGUAAGAUUUUUGAUUUUGAUGAUUGGUCAGUGGGUGAUCACAUUUUCCAGUUUUAA